CAACGUUUGUGAGAAUCACAAGUGCAGUUACAUGUGCGUUACUGGAGUGAAUGGUCCCACUUGUAUUUGUCACGAUGGGUACCCGAAAAGUCCUGAAGAUAUUUGCACGAGGGAGGCAAACGGGAAUAUUAAAUUCGAAUCGCAAAUAGUUGGUUCUAAGGACGCGGGUAUUCGGCGUUCGAGCGGAACGUUGGUGGGUGUAACGAUCACCGUUGUGGCGUUCAUAGUAAUUGUUGUGGCCUAUGUGUAUUAUCAGAAGAUUAAACCAAUUUUCUCGAAGACCAACAAUAUCUGUAUACAGUUCCAAAAUCCUUCGUACGAACGACAGUGCGAGGCCUUCGAUUGCGUUUCCAGUUUACCACCUGGAGAACACGAAUACGUCAACCCGAUAACAGAUAUACAAAAGGAUCAGUACCAGAACGAUAUAAAUCAGAAAACUGGAAAGCAAAUAAUCAAGCUGCUCAAUUUCGAUGACGAACCGGGGAGAAACAAUUUGAAACAUGAUCUGAUAUAGAAAUGAAGGAACAAAUGAGUUCAAAAUGUAUAUAGUAAUUUAUAUAAUUUAUAAGUGUACAGAAACAUUUAUACUCCACCUAAACUGUGAUUUGUCACAGAAAA